GGGAGACUGGCCAGCUGGUGUCAGUGGGUCAGAGGGGUUGUUUUUUUUCACACGGCUACUCUUCACAUCACAGAGGAAACUCAUAAACACAGGAAGCCUCUGAGCGCAUGGAGAGAGAAAGAGAGAGAGAGACGCAGAGAAACAGCGGACGACACCUGCUACCGCUCGCAGUACGAUCCGAGGCCUUUUUCUUUGAACUGACUGGACGGAGUUAUAUUUUGUCUGUCGGUGAUCUGACAGGGGAGGAUGUCACGGCGGGACCAGAGGUUUCGGAGAGGAAUGAAAGGACGGUGCUGUGAAUGUGGCUGUAUCCUGUCUCACUGGUACUAUGAGAGGGAGGGGCAGCUCCUCUGUAAGAAGCACUACUGGGCCCGGUAUGGGGAGCACUGCCACGGCUGCAAGGAGACCAUCUCAACGGGACUCAUUAUGGUUGCUGGGGAGCAGAAGUUCCACCCAGAAUGCUUCACUUGCAUGAGCUGUGAUAUGUUCAUCGGAGAUGGAGACACUUACACACUUGUCGAAUACACCAAACUCUACUGUGGCCACUGUUUCUGUCAGGGUGUGGUAUCAGCUGUAAGGACAGCUUCUCCACUCACCAAGAGUACCCACAUGGUGGCGCUGGUGUCCCUCCCACCCCAUGCGGGUGGCCGACGAGGCCUGACCGUGGCCACUGACCUCAGCCAAGACAAAAGUCCUCUGGUCUUUGUGACAGAGUUAGACUCAGCUGUCCUCAGCCCGGAUCUGCUGCCUUCCAUCCACACCGGUGAUCGAGUUCUGGAGGUCAACGGCAUUCCUGUUCGCAAUAUUUCCCCAGACGAGAUACACCGUGUGAUCCAGGACACGAGCAGACCACUGCAGCUGACCAUCGAACACAUCCCACAGCCUCCCGAUGACCUCCUUCGCGCAAACGAUCCCCAGGACGACAUCAGCUGUCCUGAAUCCUGUGUCCGCAACAAACUUGCCUCAACCCACAAACUUCCGAGUCUGGAAGAGGAGCCGAGUCCAGGGGAGGAGACAAAUGAACAAGCCAGGAUGAGGCUCUCACCGCCUCAGCAGCAAGGAACCAUGGGAAUGCGAUCCAGACACAUCCUGCGCAGCUGUAGUAUAGAUAAAUGUCCCCUGUCCCCUGGAGCACUGUCGCUUUUAUCUCAAAGGAGAGACAUGCUUCGCUCCGAGUCCCUUCGCGCAGACCCUGGAGAUCGGACUCACCGCAUCUUCAGACCUUCGGACCUCAUCCACGGAGAAGUGCUGGGCAAGGGCUGCUUUGGACAGGCUGUCAAGGUGACGCAUCACGAGACGGGGGAGGUGAUGGUGAUGAAAGAGUUGAUAAAUUUUGAUGAGGAGACACAGAAGACUUUCUUAAAGGAGGUGAAGGUGAUGCGAGGUCUGGAUCAUCCCAAUGUUCUCAAGUUCAUUGGACUGUUUUACAAGGACAAACGAAUAAACUUCAUCUCAGAAUACAUCCAGGGAGGAUGUCUCCGAGAGAUCAUCAUAAAAAUGGACAAGGACUUUUCCUGGAGUAUAAGAGUGGGUUAUGCCAAAGACAUUGCAGCUGGAAUGGCCUAUCUACACUCCAUGAAUGUUAUCCAUCGAGAUCUAAACUCAUACAACUGCCUGGUCAGAGAGAACCAGUCUGUGGUGGUGGCAGAUUUUGGACUGGCCCGGCUGGUGAUGGAGGAGAGGAAUCAGAGGAAAACAUCCUCUAUGGAGCGGCCGGCGAAGGGAACACUGUCCGAGCUCCGCAGGGCUGACCGGAGGAAGCGGUAUACUGUGGUAGGAAACCCCUACUGGAUGGCCCCCGAGAUGAUCCACGGAAAAACCUAUGACGAACGGGUGGACGUCUUUUCCUUUGGUAUCAUGAUAUGUGAGAUAAUAGGUAGAGUGAGUGCCGACCCCGACUUCCUCCCCCGCACCAAUGACUUUGGGCUGAAUGUAGGCAGUUUCCUGCAGCAGUACCACCCCCCACAGUGCCCCUCCACCUUCCUGCCGCUGGCUGCCCUCUGCUGUGACAUGGACGCUGAUAAACGUCCUUCCUUUUCAAAGCUGGAGGAGUGGCUGGAAAACCUGCUCAUGCACCUGGACAUCGGUCUGCCUUUGCUCUCCGAGGUAGAGCAGCUCCGUAGAGCCUUCUGGCAGAAUCACAGCCACCAAAACAAUUCUCACAACCAGCAGGACAACAGCCUGAAAUGUCACGAACUAACACACUGCUCACAGACACAAAGACAGAGCCCUGUCCCUAAGCGACGUCCGGACGGUGCAAAUAACCACAUAGAGGCUAAUCAGCGCCCUCAGAGCCACGACCGAAACGGCAAACCUGAUGGUCAUUUGGACGGACAGCAACACAGACGAGGCGGUCGCGUCGUGAGGACCGAGCACGACCUGUCCUGUUUGAACAGAGACUGUAACAGCCAUUCACAAGACAAGAGGCAGUGGUGCAGGUCUUCGAGCACAGACUCCGGCAAGAACACAUCUGCAACCUGUGAACACGAUAAUCCCUCAGGACAACCAGAAGUCCAGCACCAGCCGUCACCGCCGCCGCUGCUGCCACCACCACCGCAGGUCAACAGCUCGCUGUUAAGCCAGUCCAACGGGCACAGGAAGACAUGCAGAGUGCUGUGGGACAGAUCUACGGAGGACAGCUCUUUUCUGUGAUCGGUUAGUUCGAUGGACACAUCUACAAAGCCCAGUUCUGAGGCAUUAAAACGUUUUGUUAACACACUGGUGCCUUCUAAAACAAUUGGGAGAGAACGGACAGAACUGCAAAGCCACAGCAAUGGUUGGAAAACCUGCAGAUAUUAAAUAUUGAUUCAAACUAGAUGUUUUAGAUGAGAAAUAAUAAAGAUUUGUACGCAGCUUGAUAACAACGACCUAGCGCACCAUAUUUGCCUCAGUAUUUACAACUUACUUUCACUUAUUGCCCACAAUAUACAGUAUGAUGACGUUAGUAUGUCUUUGAUAAGCUUAAAAAACAGUUGGCCAAUUUAUUGUUUGUGCUCAAGUAUCAACUUUAUCCAGAAGCUGUGAAACACAUUGCACUUUAUGCUCUAAGCUGCAUUGCAUGAUGGUUCCCUUAUUUAUCAGAAUGCCUUAUGUAUAUUUCCUUUUAAAAAAAAAUGUUCAGACGACAUCCAACACACUAAGCUGAGAACACACAAAAUUACAACUGUCGUUAACUUAAUAAAGAAGAUUAUAAAGUCA